UGACAUUGAAAUAUUGCAAUCAAAAAUUCAUUGGUUUUCUUUUUUUCUUUGCGAAAUAUAAUUUCAAUUUUUAAGACAAAUUUAAAGCGAAUUAGCUAAUUUUGAGCAAGCUAAUAGUAAUAAAAGUCGAUUUUUAAAAAUGGGGAAUGCUGCAACCAAAGAAGCUGUAGAAGGUGUAAAAUCUCCAGCUAUUGCAAAUCCCGUUGUAGUACCACAAAAAGAAGGUGAGAAAAAAAAGUGCAAAGCCUGCUGUGCUUGUCCGGAAACUAAAAAAGUUAGGGAUCAAUGUAUAAUGGAACGUGGAGAGGCAAACUGUUCAACAGAAAUUGAGGCUCAUAAGAAAUGCAUGCGUGAUAUGGGCUUUAAUGUAUAAGUAUGUACUUACUUUAGUUUUGUAGUGUUUAUAUAAAUUAUUUGUCAGAAAUGUGAUGUUAAAAUAAAUGAAAAUAAAAAUAAGAAGAAAAGGAAUUUAUUUUCAAUUUUA